AUGGCCUCUCCCGAAGAUGCGGUCCAAUACAGAAAAGAGGGCCGUGUUGCCAUCAUCACCCUGAACCUACCAAAGAAACUCAAUGCUUUGAACCAACCCCUCUAUUAUCGCAUCUCCUGUCUACUAAGAGAUAUCGCGGAGGACCCAACGGUGUCCGUGACAGUCAUCACUGGCGAGGGCCGCUUCUUCUCUGCUGGAGCUGAUGUUACAACAACCAGACCCGGCGCUGAUUCUGCUGGUGGUAAAGAUGGAGCAAGAAAUGAUAUUUUGAAAGGAUUCGUUGCGAACAACCUUGAUAUUACUCGGUCAUUCUACACACACCCCAAAAUAUUGGUCGGAGCACUCAACGGCCCCACUGUUGGCUUGUCUGCCGCGCUGUUGGGCUUCUGCGAUUUCAUAUACGCAACUCCUCACACAUUCUUGUUGACUCCCUUCUCCUCCCUUGGUCUCGUUGCCGAGGGCGGUGCUUCCAUUGGGUUGGUUCAACGUCUUGGGUUGGCCAAGGCUAAUGAAGCAUUGAUCAUGUCUCGCCGAAUCACCAUCGAUGAACUCGUCGCAACUGGAUUCGUCAACAAGGUGUUCAGUGGCAAAGACAAGAACGACAGCGCAGGUUUCUUGAAACAAGUGUUGGCCGAAAUCGAUGACAAGCUAGGGGACCAUCUAAACCAGGACAGCUUGCUUGGCAUCAAGAAAUUAAUUAGAGCACCAUAUUUAGAAACCUUGGAGGCUCAGGGUGUUAGAGAGGUGAUGGCAGGGAUGCAGCGGUUCGUCACUGGCGCUCCUCAAGAAGAAUUCAGGAAGAUCGCCAGUGGUGCAAAGAAACAUAAGUUGUAA